ACUAGAUUAAAAGCAGAAGGCAUUGUUAUAUGUUUUCGGGGUGUUUUGUGGUAUUUUGUCUAACUGCUUCCCAUUUCUACCCUAUUCAAAAGCUCUAGGAUGGGCCCGUACGUCUCAUUUGGAUAUCUAACUUAUUUGAACGAAGUCAGGACAAAAACAAUCAGACUUUAGCUAAGAUAGAGCUGUUUAACGAACGGGAUUACGAAUGUUGUUUUAGUUAUUCCGGCUUGUGCGGAUCAAGACGCUUAUAUGGAAUGUUCCGGAACUGGAAAGAAAGAUCUCCUGGCCUAAGGGAACCGUUGGGAACAAUAAUUCACUUCAGGUAGAGGGGGCUAGCAUCAGAGAGAUCUCCCCCGGACAUGCAGAGGCACUGAGUAGUUUCCCUCCGAAAGUCGAUACCCCUCCUACAAGCUGCGACUGCGAUGGCGGACCCCAGGCCUGAGUCCUCCUCUCCUGCGGAGGCGCCGCUGCGCUCCCCGGCCACCCCAUUCUCCCUUUCCUUCCCCAUUUUGAGAGAGGGAAGUCGUGUGUGGGAGCGCAAGCCACCACAGCCCGGGGAGCUUCCCAGCCCGCUGCCCACCAAGCGCACUCGCACCUACUCAGCCACGGUACGAGCCACGUCGGGACCCACGUUCAAGGGCAUGUGUAAGAACUUCUCCAGGUCACAGGGCCAUGGAUUCAUACGUCCCUCUAAUGGUGGUGAGGACAUCUUUGUUCACAUCUCCGAUAUCGAGGGGGAAUAUGUGCCCAUGGAGGGCGACGAGGUGACCUACAAGGUGUGCCCCAUCCCGCCGAAGAAUCUGAAGAUCCAAGCCGUGGAGGUGGUCAUCACCCACCUGGUCCCGGGGACGAAGCACGAGACCUGGUCAGGCCAGAUAAUCAGCUCCUAGGCUUCUGAUUCGGCCUUCAGCCGUCGCCCGGUGGUGCGGCUUUUUGGGGGAGGUGGGUGGGGGGAUUAUGGGUAAAGAGCCGGCAGAAGCUUGGUGAGAAAGACAGGACACUGCUGAGAGAUUGACGUGGAGGUUUCAAACUGCACCGACACUGGAUGUGAAGGAGGAAGGCUGGAUCUGUUUUUAGGCAUGUUGGAGGAGUCUAGGGAUGUGUGUGGGAGGCGGGUGGCGAAGGUGAAAGAGGGACUGUAGGCUGGGCAAACAAAUUAGUCGAUGCUUAUCUUUAUUUGUAUCUAUUAUUUAUCUAUUUAUUCUGGCGAUAUCUUUUGGAUCCAUGUUUGUUUGGGACGCCUAUGUGGGUGUAUUUAGGAGGGAGGCUUAGACCUAAUCUCUUCAGCACUAUAACAGCGGGAUUUUGUUGGGGGGGGGAUGAGUAGUUGAGCACAGGUUGUUACAAGAUGCAGUCGGCGAUUCCCCACAAUCACUACUCAUGUGGUGAAUGGUCGACAAGAUAAAUCUCCAGAACUGUACUGUUGUCCUACUGAGAAUUUCGUCGAGGUGUCUUAAUAUAUAUCGGCGAAAUGCAGGAUAGGUUGGGGGGAAAAAUGUGCUAUUGAGUCUGGAAGAUCGACUCGUGUACCAGGAUUGUCGUAACCGGCACUGGUGGGAUGUCUGUCACCUGAAAAUGAACGUAGCUGUUGGAGGAUGUCAGGGUGUGGAGGUGUAGAUGUCGUCGCCCCCCCCCGCCAACAGCUGCUGUUCAUUUUGCUUACUGGCCUGGGCAUUAAGGGAACAAGGCUGAACAGUCAUAGAGGCUCAUGGCCACACUGCCAGUGUGAUUAUGGCCUUUUCGGAGCAGGAUGCGUAGACAUGCAUUCAGCGCUCCCUUCGUCAGAACUUUCCGUGCAUUAAUGUUGUUUGCUGUAAUUAUUAACAGGGUACAAAUUUGUUUCUUUUUUUAGUAUGGAAAUGUUUAAAUGGUUUAACCCUUAAUGUGUUCAGAAUCGCAGUGCCCUUGAGGAAUUUAAACAGGCAAUACGUCACAAUGGCCUAUUUAUUUCUUAGUUUUGUGAAUAACUAAAAUGUUGUUUUCCCAGCACUAUUUAAAAUUGAAUUUCUGGGCAUUUAAUUUCGUUUAGUCCACUGCAAUGGGUGUUAGCGCGGUCGACCGUUAAUAAAUUCAUUAAUAAAAGUAUUUUCUUUUUUAAA